AUAUAAUUUUUCACUUUUUCUUUAGGUUACAGAACACCAGGAGGACAAGAGGAACAACUAGGGAAAUUAUUGAACUACGACAUCAUCACACCGUAUCGUUUAGCGGGCAGGGAGCGCAGGCAAGCCCACACAAUUACUCAGGAUGGUCACAUGCGAGAAACUUCCUUUGUUCUGUCUGCAUUUGGAAAACAAUUUACAUUGGAUGUCAGGCUGAAUGAAGACCUAUUUCCUGCAAGAUACAUUGAGAGGUCUUAUGCACAGGAUGGCGGAGCUAUUACUAGGAAGCCUCACCCACAUCAUCAUUGUUACUACCACGGAGAAGUAAGAGAAGCUAAUACAUCAUCCGUAGCACUCAGUACUUGCAAUGGAAUCAGUGGAGUGUUUAUGGCAGAUGGUGAAAGUUAUUAUAUCGAACCACUGCUUGAGGCGGACGAACAACAUCUAGUCUACAGACCGCAGGAUACGCGUGACAAGAAGACGUGGGUGUUUGACGUGGAUUCAUCACAUCAUGAGCAACUUCAGCAAGGAGCAGAGGAGCCAGCCCUCGGGCACCGAACCCGGAGAGACGUCCAUUCUGAAACUAAAUUUAUCGAGCUAGUCAUCGUUAACGACUAUCAAGAGUUUCUACGCCAAGAAGAGAAUGAAACUAUCGUUGCAGGAAGAAGUAAAGAAAUAGCCAAUGUCAUGGACAUGAUCUACCGUCCAAUGAAUGUUCGGGUAGCGCUGGUGGGCGUGGUCACCUGGAGUCAAGGAGACCGUUUUGUCGUUAGCUCCAUCCCAGGAAACACGAUGGGCGAGUUUCAAAGAUGGAGAAACAACGAACUACUCCCAGAUAUCAAGAACGACAAUGCACAGUUCAUAACGGGUGUGUCGUUUGAUGGGAGCACGGUAGGGAUGGCUUCGUUAGGAACGAUGUGCUCCGAUGAGAGAUCGGGCGGAGUUAGCCAGGACCAUGAUCGCAACGCAGCUGUUGUUGCUAGCACCGUCGCCCAUGAGAUGGGCCAUAAUCUAGGCUUCAUGCACGAUACCUCCGAUAGAAACUGCGUUUGUGAUGCUCCGUCCAAUGUAGGCUGCGUGAUGGAACCCUCUAGUGGACCGAUCCCUCCUACAAACUUCUCAACGUGUUCUUACACCGACCUUAAGACCUCUCUUGAGAAGGGUCUAGGAGCGUGUCUCUUUGACUAUCCUGAUAUGAUCUUUGACGGACCCAUCUGUGGCAACGGCUUCUUGGAGGUUGGAGAGGAGUGCGAUUGCGGAACAGUAGAGGAAUGUUCCAACGACUGCUGUAUUCCUGCUACCUGUCGUCUACAUGAGAAUGCAACCUGUGCUGUAGGAGAAUGCUGUGAAGACUGCCAGCUGAAGAAGGCCGGUGAGGUUUGCCGGGAUCUCAGUAACAUGUGUGACCUGCCAGAAUACUGCACUGGUCUGUCUGCUGAGUGUCCAGCCAACGUGUACAGACAGAACGGUCAGACGUGUGCCAACAUGGACGAUUCCACCUGUUAUGAUGGCCAAUGUUUGGCCUUUGAUGACCAGUGUGAGAAGAUAUGGGGGCCAGGAGCUGAGGUAGCACAUGAAAACUGCUUCAAUUUCAACACUCAGGGCAGCUCUUUUGGUAACUGUGGAGGUACGAGUUCAUCGUUCCAAGCAUGUGAAAGAAGUCAUGUGAAGUGUGGUAAGCUGAUGUGCGUUGGAGGAAGCUCCUAUCCCAUCCUGAGUUCCCUAGCGAAGGCCAGCCAGGGUUAUAUCUGGGACGAGAACAACAACCAGCAUACCUGCAAGUCUGCCUCCAUUGACCUGGGUCAAGACGUACCAGAUCCGGGUUAUGUCGCCACAGGAUCGCAAUGUGCACCAGGAUUCGUGUGCAGUGACUUCCAAUGCCAGAACCUAUCAUCUCUAAACAUCAGGGCAUGUCCUCAUAACUGCAAUGAUCAUGGGGUGUGCAACAGCAAGAAUCACUGCCACUGUGACCCUCAGUGGAGCCCCCCUCUCUGUAACACUCGUGGGUAUGGAGGUAGCAUUGAUAGUGGUCCUGCCAGAGCUACAGAUCAACCAGUAACCCCAUUCCCUAAUACACUCUCGCAAAGCACCAAAUCUUUCGUCACAAGAAAAAUUAUUGUCCGAGGCGGUCCUGGAUCCAACAUGGUCAUUGUGCUCCUAGUCAUGUUCCUCUGUGUACUCCCAGGCCUUGCUCUCAUUGGAAUCCUAGUCUACUGCAAGAGACAAACUCUUUCUAAGAUGGUCUCCAAGUCCAAGGGAACUACAAAGCAAACUUAUCCCUCAAGCACAAACAACUAUCGCAAUCAAGAGAGUAGACCUGCGCCCGGGCCUGCACGCCAUGCCCCUGUCAAACCUGCAAUACAGCACACCUAUCUACAGGAGACAUCUAAUGUCUUUAAAUUCCCUGCCUCAGGUGCCCCUCCAGCUGCUCCUCAAGCCGCUAUGAGACCUGCACGAACAGCACCGGCACCGCUAAGAUCCCAGGAGACACCGAUAGUUCACCGGCCUGCACCUCCAGUUUCACAAGCUAAGAAACCGACAGCAAGUAUAGCACCAUUGAAAGUGGAAACAGCACCGAAACCAUCAAGGCCUCCGGUACCGUUAAACAAACCUCCCAGCCCAGCUAAGAGCCCUCCCUCGGUGUCGGUACCAGCACCAAAGGGCAUCAGGGUAGCGCCAAAACCCCCCUCUGUACAUUCCAGUGCCAAACCUCAGUUCAGGUUACCACCUCCUAUAGAGGCUAGCACCACCAAACCUGCAAAUGCACCACCAGGACUACCCACGAAACCGGCUCUAAAGCCAACGGUACCCAAGGUGCCGCUCAGACCAACCCCAGUUACAAGGCCCAAACCGAACGUAAAUCGUAACAACUCUACAGAACUCGAUGAAAGCUCGAACUUUUCACCAACUAAUAAAGUCUCAGAACCCGUUGCUGCAGAGAAGUCAAUACCGGUAGCAGAUAAACCUCUUGUGGCUCUUAAACCAGUACCGCCCAAGAAACCAGCGGUACCGAACAAACCGACCGUGCCAACUAGGCCACCUGCUCUUAAACCACCUGUCAAGAAGGACCCUGUUGUAUGACGAUAGUGUCUCAACAAUCUAGGCUUUUAUUAAUGAACUCUUUAUCAUCGGUACUCAACUCAGUCUUUUCUGUGAUUCCAGUUUAUUUAAGAGGAAUGUGCUAUGGUUGUCAUGAAUGUCUACUCAUAAGAUGUUACUGCCUUUCCUGUGCAGAUGGACAAAUCCACAUCGGCAGAAAUCUGCAAAAAAUGGUUUUAAAAUGUUGUUGUGAUCUACAAGACUAGUUUUUCUGUGUGUGCAAUAGAUAUUUGUCACCAAAGGGUAGACCACAAUGUUCAAGAACAUCAUUAAUAAAAUAUUGAAAAUUUUCCUUAAAGACAUUUUUCCUUAACAUGUAAAAGUACAUGUAUGCCCAAAAGGGCUAUGAAUUUCAUUUCUGCCCAUGUGGAGUUGUCCAGUUAACUCUGUUCUUUCAUGUAUGUAUAUUUAUGAAAGUCAUUUUUAACUUAAGCAAAAUCAUUUUUUUCUCAUUUGUAGACCUAUGUAAAAUGGUAGGGUUGUAAUGUUGUGAGAUGUUCCCACUCGUUUCAAGUUCAAAAGUUAAUCCGCAUCUUUAAAAAAUGCCUUUACAGAAUGCAUUGAAUACAAGAUAGAGAAUCGAGUGUUGAAGUGCUAUUGUCAUAUUCUCUUGUCAUCCAGGUGACUGGUUCUAAACAACAGAACCUGCGCAUGAGGUUCACCACAAAAUCAUUCAAGCAACGAGCUGGAGCUAGGCAAAUUCAAUGUUUGGUGCUGGUGUGAUCACCACACCAUUGUUAAACACCAAAUUGUUUGGAAUCAGCAACCUAUGGCCUCACACAUUGGUACUCUAUAAAGAUCAGCAUGUGAACAAAAUGAUUAAUUAAUUAAAAAUGACUAAUUAAUUAAGAGACAGGAUAUAUGAAUAUGGUCGCAAAGUCCAUACAUGUGCAGUGGAAUUUGCGAAAUGAACAAGUUUUGUAAAUAUAGUUACAUGUAACUUAUCUUUAGGCACAUUAAAUCUAUAAGUGGAUGAGUUGAAUCAUUCAAAAGCAAAAUACCUAGUGGUAGUGAUGUGUGUAUCAUGCCUUCUUCCUACACAUCUUGUAUGUAUUCCAGUGAGAUGGAAUUCGUGUGUGACUAAAUAACUACAAAGCACUAAUAUCUCUUGCUGAAAGAGUUAACUGCCGAAGAACAAAAAAAGGACAUAGAGGCUUAUCUAGUAAAUGUGACAACAAAUGCUGCUUCAAGUAUGUAUGAAUCAAUGAUUCAUACAUCAAAGAUGAUUCAAAGAUGAUUCAAUGUGCUCUUCCUUUUUUCUGUGGGGAGGGGGGGGGGGCUGGGAGAGGGUAAGCGAACCCAACAACCUUGACAAGAGGAGAUCCGAUUGUCUAUUUUCUUCUUCUUCUUUUGAGCCUGAAAGUAGAGGAGCAAAUGCAUUUUCAGUAUUUGCUGUAGUCACUUGUUUAUUGGAGGUCAAAGAUAUUUAUAGGUAGUUGAACAUUAUGAAAAAUAAUGAAACAGUGAAAGUAUUUUACUCCCUGUGCCGGCCUGCCCAUGCUCAAGUAUAUCUUAAAAAUCAGAACAGUUAUCAGGUAAACUUUGAUAUGUUUUUUCUUUAUAUAUUGGUCAUUGUUCUGUACAUGUUCAAUAUUUUGUUCUUGUGUACAUGUCGUACUGACCUGUUCUUUUAUGUAUGUAUUAAGUAAAACAUUUUAUUUUAUAUACAUUUGUUCAUUCCGUUUUUGUUUUUCUCUGCAUUUGUUAUAUUCCAUGACUUCCUUGCUGGACAGGGUAUAUGUUUGUAAUAUCCUCCUUAUUGCUAAAAAUUACAAAAUAGAAAAGUUAAUUAAGAACUUAGCCACUUGCAUUAGCUUGUUAAAUCCUUAUUCUAUGAAUAAUGAUAUUACUUAUGUUAGGAAAAGACAUCAUAUAGUAUAAAUGUACGUUAAACACACCCCUUUUCAACUUCUCUUUCAACAUGUCAAUGGAACCACUACAACUUGUUAUCAGAACUUUGAUGCUUAUUCCAGAUAUUCUGGGAGAUUCAUAAAUUGUCUGAUGUGCAUGUAUCAGUGAAGGUACAUGUCGAACACCAAAUGUCAAUUCUAGGACAUGGAAAGUCUUACAUUCUACUAUAUUGAUUAGUAGUUUUAAUAUACAAGGUUUGUUGCAAAUACUUGAGUUCUUGUAAGAUAAAUAUUUUGUUUUAUUGUGUAGGUUUUAUUUGGAUUUGAAGAAUUUUUUUUACUCCUUGCCUUUAAAGAAAUAUUGUUGUUUAAUACUUGUUGAUAAUUCAGAUUUUUGCGUGUUUUGGAAGAGAUGAAAAAUAAGACCGUGAAAUACAUUUUGAAAAGUUUUAGCUGAUGUCGUAUAAAUAAAUGACAUCAUCCUUGGUCACAUGUAUAGGUUAGUUGGUGAUACAUAAGGGUAAUGUAAAAAAAAUCUUGGUCUGUUGUCGAUGUGACUUGGGUAUUAUUCUCAAAAACUUCUUGAAUGCUAUGGUAUACCAAUUACCCAAUUAUUUAGGAUGGUUAAUUCAAUGAACGUACGGUAGUUCAAAGGUCACCUAGUAUACUGUAAUUGGCCAUUUAUGUCAAAGUUUGACUUUCCUGAUAAAAUCAGAAAUUCCAACUCAUGUCCAUGGAGAUGUGUAGCUGAUAAAAAAAAAAUCAUUCAUGCUGUAAAAGCUGCCUUUUUUGUGUGGUUGGUUGCCCGCAAGAAAGCCAUUACUACCAUUGAUAAUACAUAGUUCUGACAGCUUCUUGCGGUCAGCCUAAGAUGUGUUUGUUUUCAUGGAGCAUGAUCAAUUCACUCAAGUAUCCUUCGUGCAUUACACACUUUGCAGGUAAACCUCUGUGCACUACAUUUUGUAUAAUACAGUCAGGGCCAGGCUGUGCAUUAUUGUAUAGACUGAUGAUGCGUCAAUGAACAUGAAUUAGUUCUGAAUUAACUAUACGUUUGUUGUACAAUGAGUAAAUCGAUACUUUAUGUUGUAUCUCUCAAAUAUUCUGUUAAAUCAUUUUGUAGGUAGAUUUGCAAAAUGUACUGGCACGUGUAACUACAAGUCUCUUAAACCAAAGGACUACACUUAGCGGUAGCGAGGGUACAAGUAGCAUUACAGAUACCGGCGCAUGCCUUUCUUAGUUGGAAAGAUGUUAGAUAGGGGGAAAAACAUGUUAAUACUUCAGAUAAGUUACUUUUUUUGAGGCCACAGUUGUACAUGUACAUGCUGUUACAUUUUGUUCAGCCAUCUUCUUCAUCUUUAUUUUGAUAGGAUGCUCUAUGGGUACCAUUAAAUAUUAUUUACCCAUGUUUUGUGUAUGUUCUUGUUCAUUAUGUUAAGAAAGGUACUAUGUAAAUAAGAGAGGUGCAUUUAUACGACUGAAUCUGAAAAGUUUCUUUUUAGCGCAACACUUAGCCUGUGACGAAUUUGAUUCUGCAUUGUUGAUUUUUCACUCACUCCUUAUUUGAUCCAUUUGCGAUUUUUCAGCAGAUUUAAAGAAACUCUGAAAACUCAUAGGCAAAUUUUGUCGAGAUAAUUAUCUGAAAUUUGAUGUAUCGUGUGAGGACCAUAAUGAAUGGUUCAUGGUGUAAUGGUGUAAAUGUGUGAACAUCUCAAAAUAUAAACUGCAAUUAUGUGAUGGGAAGUGAAGAAAAUAAAAACUUUUAUAUUUAACAAAAUUACAACAAGUGCUUGCUUUAUCUCGGAGUUAUU